CUCCCCGGGUCGGGGCUGAUCAUUAACCCGGCCCAGGAGGUAAAAGGAGGCGGCCAGCGGCCCGGGACGCCACGGGACGCUCUGCCUGGCGCACGGGACGGACCUGUCACCAUGGACGGCACCUUGAGCCCCAGCGCGCCCGCCGGCACCCCCGCGCCCAUACUGCCGUCGGACCGCAUCAAGAACGCCGCCGACAUCUCCGUCAUUGUCAUCUACUUCGUGGUGGUCAUGGCCGUGGGGCUGUGGGCCAUGCUGUCCACCAAUCGUGGGACCGUGGGAGGCUUCUUCCUGGCAGGCCGGAGUAUGGUGUGGUGGCCGAUCGGCGCCUCUCUCUUCGCCAGCAACAUUGGCAGCGGCCACUUUGUGGGGCUGGCUGGGACUGGAGCGGCAGCGGGCAUUGCCACGGGAGGCUUUGAAUGGAAUGCCCUGGUGCUGGUGGUGAUCCUCGGCUGGGUGUUUGUACCAAUCUACAUCAAGGCCGGGGUGGUGACAAUGCCAGAAUAUCUCCGGAAGCGAUUUGGUGGGCAGCGCAUCCAAGUCUAUCUCUCGGUCCUUUCUUUGUUCCUUUACAUCUUUACCAAGAUCUCGGCCGAUAUCUUCUCCGGAGCCAUAUUCAUUAAGCUGGCCUUGGGACUCGACUUGUACCUGGCCAUCUUUCUCCUUCUGGCCAUCACAGGCCUUUAUACCAUCACAGGGGGCCUGGCGGCCGUGAUCUAUACAGACACUCUGCAGACGGUGAUUAUGCUGGUGGGUUCCUUCAUCCUCACGGGAUUUGCCUUUAAGGAAGUCGGAGGCUACAGUGCCUUCAUGGAAAAGUACAUGAAAGCCAUUCCAAGCAAGGUGUCUGAUGGGAACAUCACCAUCAAUGCUGAAUGCUACACCCCGAGGGCAGACUCCUUCCACAUUUUCCGCGAUCCCCUAACUGGGGACCUCCCCUGGCCGGGGCUCAUCUUUGGCUUGUCCAUCCUUGCCCUGUGGUACUGGUGCACAGACCAGGUCAUCGUGCAGAGGUGCCUCUCGGCCAAGAACAUGUCCCACGUGAAGGCGGGCUGCAUCAUGUGUGGUUACCUGAAGCUGCUGCCCAUGUUCCUGAUGGUCAUGCCCGGGAUGAUCAGCCGGAUACUCUACACAGACAAGGUGGCCUGUGCCCUUCCCUCAGAGUGCGAAGCCCAGUGUGGAACCAAAGUGGGCUGUACCAACAUCGCCUAUCCGACCCUGGUGGUGGAACUCAUGCCAAAUGGUCUCCGCGGCCUGAUGCUGUCCGUCAUGCUGGCCUCCCUCAUGAGCUCCCUCACCUCCAUCUUCAAUAGCGCCAGCACUCUGUUCACCAUGGACAUCUACACCAAAAUCCGCAAGAAGGCGUCUGAGAAGGAGCUUAUGAUAGCUGGCAGGGUGUUCAUCCUGGCACUAAUCGGCGUCAGCAUCGCUUGGGUCCCCAUUGUGCAGUCGGCGCAGAGUGGGCAGCUCUUUGACUAUAUCCAAUCCAUCACCAGUUACCUGGGGCCACCCAUCGCUGCUGUUUUCCUGCUGGCCAUUUUCUGCAAAAGAGUCAACGAGCCGGGCGCCUUCUGGGGGCUGAUUUUAGGACUCCUGAUUGGACUGUCUCGAAUGAUCGCAGAGUUUGCCUACGGGACGGGCAGCUGUAUGGAGCCCAGCAACUGUCCCACGAUCAUUUGUGGUGUUCAUUACCUCUACUUCGCCAUCAUCUUGUUUUUCGUGUCCAUCAUCACCAUUUUAAUCGUCUCUCUCUUGACUAAGCCCAUCCCUGAUGUGCACCUUUACCGCCUGUGUUGGACUUUGAGGAACAGCAAGGAAGAGCGUAUUGAUUUAGAUGCAGAGGAUGAGAAGGAAGUCCCAGAUGAUUCCGAAGACAAGUUGGAAAUAGAAACCCCUCAAGAGGAUAAGAGCUGCUUCCGGAAGACCUAUGACAUGUUCUGUGGACUGGACCAGCAGAAGGGGCCCAAGCUGACUAAGGAGGAGGAGGCUGCCCUCAAGAUGAAACUGACAGACACGUCAGAGAAGCCCCUUUGGAGGAAUAUUGUCAACAUCAAUGGCAUCAUCCUCCUGGCCGUGGCUGUCUUCUGUCACGCUUUCUUUGCAUAGAUUCAGCUGUCCCUACGCUGGAAACCAGGCUCCUGGAGGCCAGCCUCUCAUCCCUUCUCCGUCCACUGGAUUCCAGGCUGUGAGAGGAGAGAGAGGAAUUCAGUUGUAAAUUAUAACUAAGAAUAUCAGUGUACAUAUGUGUAAUUAGAGCCUAUACAAAUGAAAAUAAUUUUCUCAUUGUUAAAUUAUCUUUGAAGCAAAGUGAAGAAAGGUGUUGUAUAUAUUAUAGCCCUCUAAAGCAAGGAGGAAAGGCCACAUUAGUUUUUCUGGGGAUUCAGUCCAAUUCAAUUUAAUGGGACCCAUAUUUAGCGAGCACCUGUCAUUGUGUUAAGUGAGGAGAAGAUGAAGAUCAAGCUCAAAUAGUCCCUGAGGAUGAGUAGACCUAGAGAGCGUGAGAUCAGCUGCAUUUUGGCCUCGUGUAGUUUCAUCAUGGAAACCCUGAUUUGGAUGAAUGAAAUCACUGGCAUUGGGGUGCUCAUUGUGACUGUGAUUCUUUUCCUCCAGAGAUCUACUCAUGGCAUCCUAUCCUUUCCCCUAGGCUCCAGGAAAUAGAGAAAGCGUGAAUAAUCAUUGUCAGGGUAGUUACUGCUCCUGAGACUCAGAAUCCAGAGGCCUAAGUUGGAGUCCUGGUUCUACCACCACCUUUAUGAGUUAUCCUAAACGAAUUCCUUUCUCUCUCUGGCCUCAGUUGAUCCAUCUGUAAAACGAGGGCAUUGGACUGAUGUUUUUUCCAAGGAUAGCUCUAACAAUUAGGGCUGUCCCAAAUGGGAAUGGGCUACUUUGGGAAUGUGUAGCUCCUCCUUGGAGAUAUUCAAGUGAGGGGAGACAACAACUUGUUAAUCAUAUUAUGAUGGAGAUCCUUUUUCCCCAUGUGGGUUGAACUAGGAGGCCACUCGGGCCUCUUUCAUCUCUCAAAUUCUCUUAUUCUUCGACUUAAUGGUCUCUGAAAGUUCCUUCCAUUUCUAACACAAGAGACAGCCCGGUAAUGAAGAAAAGAACCGAAUGGAAAUCUCGACUCUGCCUGGCCAUGUGACCCUCAUUUCUUGUUUCCUCCUAUUUGCCAUGAACCCACCUUUUGUACUUGCCCCAUAUUCAGAAGCUGGAAGGAUUGUAUAUCUGGCAUUCAUCCAAUAAAAUGUUUUUAACCAUU